GCUGUCCCGCCCGCCCCUCCGCUGGCCGACCGAGGCACCGACACAGCAGGCGGGGGCAGAGGUUCUUCCCGCGCCGCCCGCCUCGCCGCCUUCCCGGCUCAGGCAGAGCGGCGGUGAUCCUCCCCCGCCCGCUCGGCCUUUAAGGGCACAUCCUCGGCAGCAGUCCGCAGUGGAGCCGGCCCUGUCCGCUGCCUGCCCGCCGGGACUUCUGCGCCCGCCGUCGGGAGGACGAUGAAUCCCGCUACGGCGGCCCCGCCGCCGGGGCAGCAGGUGAUCCACGUCACGCAGGACCUGGACACGGAGCUGGAGGCGCUUUUCAACGCCGUGAUGAACCCCAAGCCCAGCUCCUGGAGGAAGAAAAUCCUGCCCGAGUCCUUCUUCAAGGAGCCAGACUCGGGCUCGCACUCUAGGCAGUCCAGCACGGACUCAGGCGGGCCUCCGCCGCGGCCCGCCGCCGCCCAGCACGUCCGCUCCCACUCCUCGCCCGCCUCGUUGGCCGGCUCGGCCGCGGCCCCGCAGCACGGUCACCUCCGCCAGCGCUCCUACGACGUGACAGACGAGCUGCCGCUGCCGCCCGGCUGGGAGAUGGCGCUCACGCACACGGGACAGCGGUACUUCCUCAAUCACAUAGAAAAAAUUACAACAUGGCAAGAUCCUCGAAAAACGAUGAACCAGCCACUGAAUCCCAUGAGCCACCACCCUGCAGCUGCUUCCACACCAGUACCACAAAGGCCUCAGCCAAAUCUUGUCAUGAACCACCAGCACCCGCUCCUUCCUAGCGCGGCCGUGCCGCAGCAGAGCCGCCCCGCUCCGGCCCCGCAGCCGGGGCUGCUGAGCCUGCCCGGAGAGCUGACUGCACAGCAGCACCAGCAGAAGCUGAGGCUCCAGAGGAUCCAGAUGGAGAGGGAGCGGAUUAGGAUGCGUCAGGAGGAGUUACUGCGACAGGAAGCUGCUCUGUGCAGACAACUUCCCAUGGAGUCAGAAGGCAUGGCCCUUCAGACGGCUGUGAACACACCUGCCAUGGCACAAGACAUGAGGCCUGUGACCAAUAAUGGAUCCGAUCCUUUCUUAAACAGUGGCCCGUACCAUUCCAGGGAACAGAGUACAGACAGUGGCUUGGGAUUAGGAUGCUACAGCAUACCAACGACACCUGAAGAUUUCCUCAGCAACGUAGAUGAGAUGGAUACAGGAGAAACUAUAGCACAGACAACAAUGAACAUAAUCCACAACAAACACGUUUCCCCGAGUUUCCUCGACUGUCUUCCAGGCACAAAUGUUGACCUUGGGACUCUAGAGUCAGAAGAUUUGAUCCCUAUUCUCAACGAUGUGGAAUCAGUAUUCAACAAGAACGAGCCCUACCUUACCUGGCUGUAAUUGACUGGUGGUGCAAUUCAACAUUUCUUUUUCUCUUGAGGUAGAGGUAGAAUAUCUGAAAAUCCUCAAGAGCACAACUUACUGCCUUAAUGCCUUUUGUUACAUCAUCUUUACAGUCAGUUUAAUCUCUGCCUGGGUUUGAUUGACACUAAUUUAAAUAUAAAUACCUAUAUAUACACACAAGUAUCUAUAUGAAUAUAUGUUUCUUCUAUAAAAAAAAAUACACUACUUUAUACAUCUGUAUACUUUACCUUUUCGACCAGGCAGAAAUAUUUCACUGUAAGAAUAGAAAGUGUGUGGUGUUUAUGCAUUGUCCUUGCGUGAUCUCCUAGGUAUUGAUUAACAUCAUAAAACCCUUCAUGCAUCACAAAAGCUAAACACUAGGUCACUGGGUUCAAAAAACAUGCAUAGCAUGACACCAUGAGAGCAGUUUUACUACUGUGUUUAUGACAAUAGUAUCAGAAGCUUUUUUAAUCAACUUACUUAAAGCUUUAAAAAUCUUUUUGUUUUGUUUCUAGUAACUAAAUGUGCUGCAUGGAAUACAGAUUAAAUCUGAUCCAAAUCAGUCAUAAUAAUCUCAUUAUAUAUUUGUAAGGCACAAUCAAUACUAUUACAAGUUUGUUUUUUUUUUCCAGUAUAUUACUGUAUAUUUUUCAGAAAUAAUACUUCCAGUCUGAAAGUACCAGAAUUGUUUAGCAGCACUGAUAUUAUUGUUGCAAAGUAAAGCAGACUGGUACUCACUGUUGCCUUUUAAGAAACAAAGCAAUGUAUUAUAAACAAGCAUUUUUUAAAAGAUCUUAGAUUUUAUGGUUAUUUUAUAUUAAGCACUACAAAUUUUGUAACUUAACACAUGAACAUCAAUUUUUUAAUAAAUAUUAAACUGUGGCAAAUAUUUAAAUGCAAAAGCCAUGCUUUUAAAAUCAGGACUGAAAAAAGUAGCACAAGUUAUUAAUAUCAUAUGUAGUGGGGAAAAACCCUUGCUUGUACUGUUUUCAGUAAUGUUUUUAACUGACAGUGUCAAAAUACAUGUAGUUGUAUACAUGAAAAAUAGAUGGUAACUUUAUCAGACAGUAAUUGUAACAUUCUGGUAAAGUUGCUUACUUCUUAAAUCUUUCUCUUACUGUAAUUGAUGUACAGACACAGGGCAUAUCUGUGUAUUCUACCUAUUGUGUAUCCUACAAAUACUUCUUUAUCAGAGGUUUGGGACUGGAGAAGGCAUCUAGGACAUAAGGCUUGCAGUUCCCCUGAAAUGCAAAUGAAGUCCUAAAUUUCUUAAAUAUUUGAAAUUAUAUAUUAUAAUCUAUGAACUUAAGCUUUUUUAUAUUGAAAAAUGUCUUUUAUGAAGGCAUUAAAACUUUUCUCUAAGCUUAAUCCAGGCUAUAUACGAGAGAGAAGAGAUGUAGCACUCAGUGUAAAUGUGUUGUCAGGUCAUGUAAUGCUUAACAAGGUCUUAACCGAUGCACCAGAAUAUUUGAUCAUCAAGACUUUUUGACAUUGGUUGGUGAAAGUAGUGAAAAGGUCAGAGAUGAAGUUGAUGGAAUAGGGAGUAGGUUUGGAAGACGAAGCUGAUGUACGAACCGUAGAUCUUUGCUGGGAUGGGUGGCUGCAGAUAGGGGUAUGCAGGAAACAAAUCCACAGUGUUCAGUAAAAACAUCACAGAAGAACUGAUAAUAUAACUGCCUUGUCAGUGAUGCACCGCUGGGUGCAACGUGAUAUCAGAAGAUAGAAAAUAAAUAAAAAACACACACCAAAAUUUUGGAAAAAGAGGUGGAAGGCAAAGACAGAGUCAUGAAGUUUUAUUACAUAGGGUAAAGUAGCUCUUUUUAUAUUUGGUUUUGUUUUGUUGUGGUUUUUUUUUUUUUAAUAGAAAAUGAGAUAUGACAGCAGAGUUGUGUCUGCACAUAAUUUCAUUACUGAAUGGGCAUUGGUGUUUCUUUUAUUCUUUUUUAAAUUAUUUUGCUAGUGAUGACUAUCAUGGCAUGAAUUUCUUUCCAACAAACAGGGGACUGGGCAGGGCUGAGUAAUAUUACUGUAAUUAUGAUUAAGGAAUUCUUCAGGUUGUCAGCCCUAAAUAAAAAACAGAUGGUCCUAAGGCUUUUUUCUCAGUGACAUGACUGACUUUGGUAUAAAAGACUUGCAGAUUAUUUGGCAUCUGGUUGUGAUGCCAACUUGUGAGGCCAGCUGGCCAGCACUGCAUGACUGGCCUAACAAACUGAAAGCAAUUGGUGCUAGAACAACUGACAAUAGCUGCAGAUCUGAGCUUUUCAGUGAUGAUACUGCUCUACAUUAGAUUAUGUUUAGAAAAUGCAGUUUGUUCAUUUGCUAGUUAAAUCUGUGGCUAUUGAAAAUAUAACUUUUGUCAUAAUAAAGGAUAUUCCAAGCAGAUCAGGUUCUCAUCUAGUGUGAAUUAGCUGAUCUGUGUUGACUUCUGUUUGGUUACCACUGAUCUUCAUCAGCUGGAGCCAUGCUUCUUACAGAGACAACUGAUGCAGUUUUCUAGUAAAUAGAGUAAGAUGCUAAUUAGAAUAGUGAGUUUACAAAUUUGUUACUCUUUCAUUGUUUUUUUUUUCAGGUAGUUAAGUGUCUUGGUUCAAAAGACCAAGGUAAAAAAUGAUAAACUGUAUCUUCAUAUUAAUUCUCUAAUAAACAAGCUGCAGAUUGGACAGGAGGAUGCUAUGUGAAACAAUACUGCCAGUGUAAAACAACUGCCAAAACCUUGGGUCAGGUCUUUACUCAGUCAUGAACCAAAUCAUGGUUAAGCUGAAAGCAAUUCUUUACACACUGUUAGGUUUUUCGUUUUUGUAAUGGAGAGGAUGUAUCAGACGAAGUGUAGUAACAACAAAAACCUAUUUUGUAAAGUUCUCUUUUUUACAAAAGUUUCUGGCUUUAAACAGGCUUACGGCAGAAGUUAUAAGUAUUCAAAGCAUAUGUAAUUCUUAUGAAACUAAAUUUAUUGCUGAUGAUAUUUCACUGUACUGUUUCAGGUUUUGAACAUUUGCUUUACUAAACAUACACUGUCUCUUUCUAGUAUAAAUACAACAAAAUGUGCCAGCUGGACAGGUCUACUGUUGGCCAUUACUGAGGAUGGCAUACAGGAGCCUAGGUGAUGCAGAAGUAAUGGGACAUUGUUAGUUACACUUUGGUAUUCUGGUAAUACUAUUAGAAUAUACAUUGGGGAGGGAAUGGGUUUGACUUUUUGACAACAAAUGCUGUUUGGGGAAGGGAAGGAUUUUUAAAUGUCUGUUUUAAAACAGAAAAAUAUGGGUGUCAAAUGAACAUUUCCUAAUAUACUACAUCCAUGUACAUGCUAUUAUAACUUUUUUUAUUUACUUUUCAUUUGUUAUAUGAAGUGUGAGCAUUUGUUUUUUAAUUUCAACCAACUGUAUGUAUCACAAGCAAUCAGAUCAAACUGUUGUAUCCGUGGUUUGAUUCUGUUUUGUUUUGGUUUUUUAUUUCUUUGAUCUUGUACAUGAAAAACAAAUAUAAAUGAACUUAAAGAUUUUGGAUGCAUAUUGAUUUAUUAAGUGGUUUAUUUUUUUCUUCGGAGGAUUGUAGUAUGUGCUUCCUAGGGAACUGU